AUGCGUAUGUGGUUGUACGAUGAGUCUGGGUCUUUGAUAUAUGUAUCCCUUUGGUCCUCCUCCUUGGAUCUUGUAUUUCAGACCAAACACAUUCAUUCUUUGUAUAUCAUAUCAUAUUGUAUAAUAAUAAACCAGAUACUAUCCUUAACGUUUUCGAUUCACUGUAAACAUCUACGACUAUUAAAUUUUCACGAAGAUCUCAUUUUCACUUACGACUACCUGUCAAAAUAUCAGCACGACUUUACUCUCCGGGAAACUUUACUCAGCACUCAGAACUAUCAUUCAUUCUCGACAAUUCAAACUUUAGUCGGGAUUUCUCUUAAUAUUUCAUUCUCGAUUUUCAUAAAUGUAAGUUGAUUCAUCCGAAAUUGCUAUCCAACAAAGACUAACCAAAAACAGUACAUCAUGUCUUCAUCAACAACCUUACAAAUGACCGGCGGGCCAAUCAUUUCGAUUUCAGAUAUGGACAACUUUAUGAAACUUGGAGAAUUAGCACAAGGAGCACGAAGUCAAAGACCAAUAAAAAAGACCUCAUCAAUGGAUUUUGACCUCCUUCGGGCAUCCGGUGACGCCGCACGUAGAAGGAGAGGAAGUACUGCUUCCGAAGGAUCAACAUGUGGAUCACCUUCAUACACCCCAACAUCAUCCGCUUUCCAAAGUACUAGAUCAACACCUUGCGCGAGUCCUCUAUUACGACCUAUCGAUACCUGUGAAUCACGAUAUGAUUUUAUGGUACCUGUUGAUCUACCGACACAAUGGAAUCUACCCACCUCGCACUCGGCAUCGGAGUUUAAUGGAGAGGGACUUGAAGGGGAUAGGGAUUCAUUCUUGAAGUUGGAUGUCAAUGUGGGAUCACCCUUUGAAAUAGGAAUGGCUUCGGAAUUAAGGAUUAUUAAUGCAGAUGGCUUUUAAAAAGAAUAGGAAGGGAGGAUAUGGCUCAGGAGUGGGGUGUUAUAAAGGCGAAAUGGAAAAUGAUACCAAAUGAAUUUUUUGCUCUUCAAGACUUCCUUUACCUCAGACGCUUGAGAGUAAACUGAAAUAGGUACUCGAAUCCGGCUUUUCCUCUUU